AUGAGUACAGAGACGACUGAAUUUAUUCCCAAAAGAUUGGCUGUUGCUGUGGCCAUCCUGAUCUUAUUCGUACUCCACUACGUCACUCUCCUUAUUAAUGCAUUCUUAAAAGGUCCAGAUCAAAAGGAAUACAUCAACAGAAGAGUGUUCCUAUUCGGAAUUGCAGGUUUGUUAAGCAUGUCCACCAUUCAAAGCAGUGUGUUUUCAGCUAUACUGGCUUGGCUAACCUUUGUCCCUCUGGCUGUAUUGCAUUUGAGCAUUUAUGAAAAAUUUCAAAAUUUGAACAAUCACAAAGACACUCUCUGGCUGGCAUACUAUGGGUUACAAUUUGUCUGGUUCUUAGGAAUUAUCAUAGACUUCUAUUCAUGA